AUGGGAACUGCGUCUGACCUGGAGAUGUUGGUCGUGGAGCAGGUCCUGAUCGGGCCGAGAACUCAUUCUCCAGCAACAAAUCAGGAAGUGCCAGGGGAGGUCAAAGGUCGUUCACUGAAUUCAUACACGUACACCAUCGGAGAUCAAAGGUCGUUCACUGAAUUCAUAAAGGGUCUACGUGACAUCCUCGCUGAUCACCAAGACCAUGAGGAUAUCUAUGAUCGCCACGUGUACCCAAAUAUCCGAAAACACGUACUGCUCCCGAAGCCGCGUGCUGAGCAACAGGUAAUUCGCAUCAAGCUGCAAGUGGUGGAGGGCGAGGAAUCGUCGUCAUCGGCAACCCUACUCAUGAGGGAUGACAACGUGGAUGUGAUCGGCUUCAUCAACCAGUCUGGAGUCUGUUACGAUUUUGCUGACCGAAACAGAAGCGGGCGCCGGAUGCUCCCUCCAAAAUACAAGUCAGUACUUCUAGGCUGGGGCAACAGCUACAAAAAUAUACUAGGCGUCAGUAAGGAGGAGGAAGUCAUGGAUAGACUCAGGUCCGCAAACUUGGGCAAGACCUUCGCGACACAAGCCGUUGGUUUGCUGUCGCGCUUCGACCCAAAUGUAGUGGCGGAUGUUUACAGGCUGGCCGUUGUGGGCCUGAUGUUCAUGGUCUCCGAGUCCGCAAGGAUGAAUCCUGUGCGCGACGCCAUUGCACGUGGCUGGGACACCGGGACAGAAUUCACCAAGCAAUUGAUGACAGAUUAUGUGUGGAAAUAUGUAGAGAUGUCAAGGCGUCUGAGGCAUUGGAAGAGAGGAAACUAUGCGGAACGGCACCCCGACUCGGAGCUAGGUGACAUCUACCUCGUGCUCAACGUACAUGCUGAACUGGUGUAUACCAUCGGAGAUGAAAUUUCAUUCAUUUCAUUCAUGACGGAUCUACGUCGCAAACUCGCCGAGCAUCCAGACAGUGAGGAUAUCUUGGGCAGCCACAAAGACCCAAAUCUCUCCAAAACCGGAGAUCAUCCAGUGCUGGCCAAGCAGCGUGCUGAUGAACAACCGGCGAGGUGGAUUCACGUCACGCUGCAAGCAGUGGAGGGAGAGGAAACGUCGUGGACAACCCUAUUCAUGAGGGAUGACAACUUGUACGUCCUUGGUUUCAUGAAUCAGCAAGGAGAUUCGUUCCAGCUGCUCGACGACAACCGGAAUGCAUCCACCAAUAUGGUACUCCCAAUUACUAAUGGACGCGAUCCCAAACUCUUAAGAUGGGGCGUUAGUUACAUGUCCAUGCUGGGAGCCAAAAGUAAUGAUCAUGCCGUGCACAAACUGGAGGCGGCUCAUUUGGGCCAUGAUUUUGCGAAGAACGCCGUACGCGUGCUGUCGAGCCACCCAAAUCCGGUGGCUGGUAUCGAUCUGAGGCCCGGGGUGGCACUGGCGGGCCUGAUCGUCAUGGUCUGCGAGUCGGCAAGGAUGAAUCCUCCCCACGACUCCUUUUCACGUGGGUGGAGCACCGGCACGGGAUUCGCCAAGCAAUUGAUGAUUGAGAACUUCUGGGAACAUGGGAAAAUGUCGAGCAAGCUAAUGGCAUGGAAGACCCGAGGGUACGCCAGCAAUGUGCGCACACAGAAUUGGCAACCGCACCCCAUUAUGGAGCUACAAACCAUACACCUCGUGCUCCGCACCCAUACACCUGAUCAGGCUAAACAGGAAGAAAACAAGAAGAGCCAACACAGCAAGCCCGACAACGCUGGCAAUGAUGGUGAUUAUUAUUCUAAUAAGCCCGGCAACAACGGCGGAGGUGGCGGCUCUCCUAGGCAAAGCAGAGGGGGCCACAACACCGGCGGAGGUGAUGACACUGGCAGCAGUGGUGGUGGCUAUGCUAGCCAACCUAGAGAGGCUGGUGGUGCCGGUAGUAGUGGUGGCUCUGCUAGCCAACCUGCUGGGGAGGCCGGUGACACUAGCCCUAGCCGAGGCAACAGCGGUAGCCAACCCGGGGAGCUUGACGUACGAAGCCAGGGCAACGGUCGACCCCGGGUGGAGCUGUUGGCCAUACAUGCUGAUCUUCAUGUCAAAGGCACGGAAAUCAUCGUCUUUGACGGCAGACGAGGUCAGAUCAUCUAUAGGAAGGAGGAAGGAGAAGAGGAGACAGAACAGGGAAUGGUCGAGUUGGUUCUGACUGGACCCUACAAAGGCAUCUCAGCUUAUGGGUGCUUCGCCAUUAAAAUUAACAUCCCACCUGCCACUGCCAAUAGCAGCAGUGGCGAUGCCGGUGGUCUCAUCCAAUGGGAAUGGGACUGUUAUGACCCCAAGUACGCCGCCCAAGUCGACCAACUACCCGUGAGCCAUACCAUCUGCGCUCCGGACAUGCGCCCCGAGGUAGCUGAGGUCACCUACGUUGUGAUGUCAGAUGCCCUGGAGGCCACAGUGCAGGUCAGGCUGCGACUCAAAGAUGGGCAUAACACUGCUGGCAUUGGUGGUGAGAUCACUGCACGUAUCGACGGCUUUGAAGACAAAUACAGGAGCGUCCUCUUCAGGUGUGCAAAGGGGACGCGUCAGUGUUUCUCCCCUACCGAUGACGACUCGUGGUUCCUUCUUGAGCUGGCGAGGAAUGUGGUUGCAGUGCCAUGCGGCAGUGCGCUUCAAAUAGAGGUGAACCUCCAGAUUGCAGCUGACGAUGGCAAGAAAGUUGAAUUGAAUAAUGUUCUUCUCCGCUUCGCCAAUGGAAUUAGUUCCAGUAAAACUGACGACGGCAAUGAAGUGGAAGUGGAAGUGGAAGUCACCUGGUACCCGGAGAUCGCACGACCAAUAAGUCACCCUCCGGAGCAAAUAAUAACCAGCAAAGAGGCUCAUCUGGAGAAAUCUAUUACUGCUCCGUCGUCGUUAGAACAAAUCAUCAGUGGUACACAGGAGGCCAAAAUGGUUUCAGGGCAUCGAACUGUAGAGUACACCAUUGGAGACGAACUGUCGUUCACUGAAUUUAUAAUGGCUCUCCGUGGCAUCCUCGCUGACCAUCCAAACCGCGAGGAUAUCUUUGAUCACCACCACAGUUCAAUUCUCUCCUCCACCAGAGAACACCCAGUGCUCGCCAAGCAACGUGCUGAACAGCCGGCGAGGUGGAUUCAUGUCAAGCUGCAAGCAGUGAAGGGAGAGCAAACGAUGUCGACAACCCUAAUCAUGCGGGACGACAACUUGUAUUUUUGUGGCUUCAUGAACCAGCAAGGAGAUUCAUUUGAGCUCAUCGAGAACCCGGAUAGAUCUGCCGAUAUACUCCCAGUUGAUGAAUACAAUCCCCAACACCUAAGCUGGGGUGUCGGUUACAGAUCCUUACUGGACUUCGACACUAAAGGUGGUCUUGUGAGAAUACUGGCGCACGUGAAUCCGGGCCAGGACUUCGCCAUGGAUGCCGUGCACAUGCUGUCGUGCUUCCCAGCUUGGGUGGACGAUCGUAUUCGUAUGAAGUCACCCAGGUUGGCACUAGCGGGGCUGAUCCUCAUCGUCUGCGAGUCUGCAAGGAUGAAUCCAAUCUACAACUUCUUUAGAAGCUCGUGGAGCAGGAGCAGGGAAGAUUACACGGUAUUUUCCGACAGGGACUUAACCUGGGAUCUGAUGCGUGGUGAUGUGUUGAAUCAAUAUGGGAGGAUGUCACGCCAGCUGCUGGCAUGGAAGAGUAGAAAAUAUCCCAACCCGCACCCCUUUUCACUGCUACGAGACAUUUACCUCGUGCUCAACCACCGUUUGGAUCCACCUCAUCAUGAGGCUGACGGUGCCUGGCACCCACCUCGGGUGGAGCUGUUGGCCAUGCAUGCGGACCUUGGGGUCCUUGGCACAACCGUAAUAGUCUUCGAUGGGAAACGAGGCCAUAUCAUCUAUAGGAAGCAGGAACAAGGAGAAAAGGGAAAAAUGGUUGAUUUGGUGCUCACGGGACCCUGCACAAGCAUCUCGGCAUACGGGUGCUUUGCCAUCAAAAUUGACAUCCCAGGACCCUACACAAGCACUGGCGAUGGCGGUGGUGGAUCCAUCAAAUGGGAAUGGGACUGCUAUGACCCAGAGUACGCCAAGGAAGUUGACAAAGGACCCAUGACUCGGACCAUAAGCUCUUCAGGCCCCGGCCGCAACGUUGAGAUCACCUAUGCGGUGAUGUCCAACGCCCUGGAGGCCAUAGUGCAGGUGAAGCUGCGGAUGAAAGAUGGGAACAGCCCUUGUAGCGUCUACGGUGUUAUUACCGCUAGCAUUGGUGAUUUCAAAGGCCAGAGCAUCCUCUUCAGGCGUACAAAGGAGACGGCACAGCAUCUCUCUCCAAUGAUGGACUCGCCGCAGGGCGUCCUGUAUCAGCUGGUGCGGUCCCUUGAGCUGGCCAGGAACGUGGUUGCGGUGCCAUGUGGUCAACGGCUUCACAUAGGGGUGGACCUGAGCAUUGAAGCUUCCAAGAACCAAGGGGCUAGUAUUAACCCGCGUUUCAAUAAUAUUAUUCUCACCUUCGACAACCGCAGUAGCUGGUCGAGUCAACGUCGUGAAGUGGACGGGUAUGAAGUUGAAGUGAACGUCGCCUGGUACCCUUGUGGUGAAUAUGUCCCGGGACCAUGGAAGAUGGAUAGGAUGUGGCAACCUGACAUAUCCUACAUGGUUGGGAAUGAUGCAGAAGGAUUCAGUACAUUCAUCAUUGAGCUGCGUAGAUUGGUGACCGACCACCCACGCUGCAGGGAUCUCGUGGCUGAUCAUCCAGAUCUCUCAUCCACAAGUAACAACAAAGUGCUCAAAUACUUAACGUAUUCUGACACUCGCCGCAUCCAACCAGAAAGCUUGUUUCACAUCAAACUGGAAGCGGAAGCGGAGGAGGGCGUGGAAAAAACGUCAUCGAUAAUCUUAGUCAUGCGGUGUGACAACUUGAAAGUAAUAGGCUUCAUCAACAUGCAGGAUCGAGCAGCCUGCUGCUACAAUCCUGGCUCUCGUAGGGGGCUCCCAGAAGAAUAUCGUUCAAGACUUCUACAGUGGUGGGAGUGCUACGGAAGGGACAGGGAGCAAAUACUGGGCCCCGCGAGGCUGGGCAAGACCUUCAUGGCGGAAGCCGUGCGCGAGCUAUCGCGCUUCACAGGUAGGGGGCCGAGUGAGGAAGCCAAGCGGUCACUGGUGGGCCUGAUGAUCAUGGUCUGCGAUUCAGCGAGGAUGGAACCUGUCCGCGAAGCCAUGGCAGGUGGCUGGGAGAACGGGACGGAACUUACCGAGCAACUGAACAAUUACGACAGCCGGAACUUGUGGAAAGUAAUAUCAGGAGCACUGCUGGACUGGAGGGAUCACGCCUACCAAGGAUGGCCUCAAAACAGCACGCUAGAAUCGAUCGGAAUCAUGAGCCCAGAAGAUGCACUAAAACUUGUCCCCCUCGUGUUCAAUGAUCCGGAUCGGAUAUGGGCUUUUCCCUUUUUUAAUCUUAUUUAG